AUGGCACCCUCAGGCCCCCCCCGUCUCGCACCGCUCCCCAGCCCGCAGUGGGUCAUCGACCUCAACAACCUCCCCACCCGCCCCAAGCCCACCGGCACCACCCCCGACCCCCCCGGCUUCAGUCACUCCCCUCACAAGACCAAACCCGGCAGCAAGCCCACCCCCGCGCCGACCCCCAUCGAGACCGACGAGCUCUUCCUCAAGAAGGCCUGGGAGCUGGCCCUCGCGCCGGCAAAGUCCAUCCCCAUGAACGCAAUCAUGAUGUACAUGUCGGGCAACACGCUGCAGAUCUUCAGCAUCAUGAUGACGGCCAUGCUGUUCAUGAACCCGCUCAAGGCGCUGUCGUCGGUGGGGGCCACGUUUGCACGGUUCGAGAAUGAGCGCACGAGGGGCAGGCUGUGGGUGGUGAAGAUGGCGUAUGUGGGGCUGCAGGUGGCGACGAUUGUGCUGGGCGUGUGGAAGGUGAAUGGGAUGGGGUUGCUGCCGACUACACGGUCGGAUUGGCUGGCGUGGGAGAGGGAGCGGCAGCCGUUGGAGUAUUCGGCGGCGGCGUUUCAGUAG